UAGAGAUUGGCAUACAUGCCUAUAGUAUUUACAUCCUGUAAUUCUGAGAAUUUCCUAAUUGGCUUCAUGUGGGAAUAUGAAGAUGGCAGUCCAGAAGACAUUCCUCCAUUCUGUCCACAGCUUCCUCCUGAUCUGUGUGGAAAUGACCUGGAAGUGGGUGAGCCAUUCAAAGAAGAAAAGGCAGUCGCUAAAUACUUGCGUUUUAACUGCCCUACCAAAUCUACCAACAUGAUGGGUCACAGAGUUGACUAUUUCAUUGCCUCGAAAGCUGUGGAUUGUCUUUUGGAUUCCAAAUGGGCAAAAGCGAAGAAAGGAGAAGAAGCUCUGUUUACAACCCGAGAAUCUGUAGUUGAUUAUUGCAACAGGCUUCUGAAGAAACAGUUUUUUCAUCGAGCCCUAAAAGUGAUGAAAAUGAAACCAGAUAAAGACAUAAAGAAAGAAAAGGAAAAAGAGAAAGGAAAGACAGAAAGUGGAAAAGAAGAUGAGAGAAAGAGCAAAAAGGACAGUGGAAAGGAAGAAAAGGCUAAGAAAGAGAAGGAGAAGGAGAAAGAAAAGAAAAAAGAUGGUGAGAAAGAAGAAGGAAAGAAGGAUGAAACUCCUGGCACACCUAAGAAAAAAGAGACAAAAAGAAAAUUUAAACUCGAGCCUCAUGAAGAUCAAGUUUUUCUGGAUGGAAAUGAGGUAUAUGUGUGGAUUUAUGACCCAGUGCAUUUUAAAACAUUUGCUAUGGGACUCAUACUUGUGACUGCUGUUAUAGCUGCAACUCUCUUCCCACUCUGGCCUGCAGAGAUGCGAGUAGGAGUUUAUUAUCUCAGCGUGGGGGCAGGCUGUUUCGUGGCCAGCAUUCUCCUCUUGGCUGUUGCCCGCUGCAUCCUCUUCCUUAUCAUCUGGCUGAUAACUGGUGGAAGGCAUCACUUCUGGUUUUUGCCAAACCUGACCGCUGAUGUUGGCUUCAUUGACUCCUUCAGACCUCUGUAUACACAUGAGUACAAAGGCCCAAAAGCUGACUCAAAGAAAGAGGAGAAGCCUGAAUCCAAAAAGCAGCCCAAAUCUGACAGUGAAGAAAAAUCAGAUAGUGAGAGAAAAGAGGAUGAAGAUGUCAAAGCCAAUCCACUGGGAAGCUUGGGGUCAGAAGGUUCUGGAGGUGAACGGAAUUCAGAUACAGACAGUGACAGACGGGAGGAUGAUCGAUCCCAGCAUAGUAGUGGCAAUGGAAAUGAUUUUGAAAUGAUAACAAAAGAAGAACUUGACCAGCAAACAGACGAAGAAGAUUGUGAAGAAGAGGAAGAAGAGGAAGAAGAGGAGCAAGAGACUAGACCUUUACAUGAACAAUCAUAAAUCAGUGGUGGUUUGGGACUGAAUAUCGUGCAGGUAGUUGGAUUUUCUAUGUUGGCUGGUACACCAUCUUGACAGUGUUCUUUUCUUAUUUGCUGAAUAUACACUUUAGCCAAACAGCUUUAUAACGUAGUUCUUGAUUCAUUUUACAGUUAAAAACACAUCUCAAUACAGUUCUAAGUAAUCUAAUGUAUAUUUUACAAGAAGCAAUUUGUUUCACAACUUCUCAAUUGGUAGAUGUUUUGGUCUAUCUAGGGGGUGUCAUUAAGCAUACUGAAGAACAUAGUUUGCUUAAUAAUAUUUUGGAAGAUCACAUGUUUUCAGCUUACGGAACAAUAAUUUAAAAUGAUAAUUGUUGAUUGACCAAGUUACUCCUGGUAGGCUAAUUUGAUUGCUGCUUACAACAAAGUAUUUUUCAGUACACCUUAUUAAUGCUGUUAUUAUUCUUCAACUUCUCUUAGAACUUUUUUUGUUAAGAAGAAAACUCCCCCCCAAAAAACGUACAAGUUAGUGCUGACUUGGCUGUAGAGUUUUAAGCUUCUUUUUAACUGUGUGCAACCAGCUUAGGAAAUCCAGCCUGUUCUCUCCACCUGGUUCAGAGCAACGAAGUCAUCUCUAGCAGGUGAAAAAAAAAGACAGCAUAAUUUGAAGGUUAUAGCUGUUGUCUUGACCUGCCCCAUCAUAAUAUGAGAAGUGUAUUCUGUACAUAACAUACAAAUAAAGCAAACCCCUUAUUUUACCUGUU